AUGGCCAGAGAACAGACAAUCCGCAGUGCCAGAAAGAACAGUCCACAGUGCCAGAGACAAUCCGCAGUGCCAGAGACAAAUCACAGGUGCCAGAGACAUCCGCAGUGCCAGAGAAAUCCACCAGUGGCCAGAGACAAUCCGCAGUGCAGAGAACAAUCCGCAGUGCCAAGAGAGACAAUCCGCAAGUACCAGAACCAUCCACAGUGCCAGAGACAAUCCGCGUGGGCAGAACCAUCCACAGUGCCAGAAGACAAUCCGCAGUCCAGAACCAUCCACAGUGCCAGAGACAAUCGCAGUGCCAGAACCAUCCACAGUGCAGAGACCAAUCCGCAGUGUGCCCAGAGGACAAUCCACCAGUGCCAGAGACAAUCCACAGUGCAGAACAAUCCGCAGUGCCAGAGACAUCCCAAGACCAUCCCACAGUGCCAGAGACAAUCCGCAGUGCCAGAACCAAUCCACAGUGCCAGAGACAAUCCGCAGUGCCACAAUCCGCAGAACAGAUACAGAACCAUCCACAGUGCCAGAGACAAUCCGCAGUGCCAGAACCAUCCACAGUGCCGGACCGCAGUAGCAUCCACAGUGCCAGAGACAAUCCGCAGUGCCAGAACCAUCCACAGUGCCAGAGACAAUCCGCCAGUGCCUAGAGAGUCCACCAGUGCCAGAGACAUGCCACAGUGCCAGAGGCCAGAUCCGCAAGUGCCAGAGACGAAUUCACAGUGCCAGAGACAAUCCCACAGUGCCCAGAGACACUCCACAUGCCAGAGACAAUCCGCACCGAACAAUCCAAGUGCGAAGACCAGAACCAUCCACAUGCCAGAGGACAAUCCGCAGUGCAGAACCAUCCACAGUGCCAGAGAAAUCCGCAGUGCCAGAUCCACCAGUGCCAGAGACAAUCCGCAGUCGCAGCAGAGACAAUCGCAAGUGCCAGAACCAUCCACAGUGCCAGAGACAAUCCGCAGUACCAGAACCAUCCACAGUGCCAGAGACAAUCCGCAGUGCCAGAAACCACCACAGUGCCAGAUACAUCCCACAGUGCCAGGACAAUCCGCAGUGCCAGAGACAAUCCGCGUAAGUACCCAGAACAUCCACAGGGCCAGAGACAAUCCGCAGUGCCCAGAACAUCCACAGUGCCAGAACCAACCAAUCACAGUGCCAGAGACAAUCCGCCCAGAACCUUGCCAGAACCAUCACAGUGCCAGAGACAAUCCGCAGUACCAGAACCAUCACAGUGCAUGCAGUACAAUCGCAGUUGCCAGAACCAUCCACAGUGCCAAGACAAUCCGCAAGUACCAGAACAUCCACAAGUGCCAGAGCAAUCCCAAGUGCAGAACCAUCCACAGUUGCCAGAAGACAAUCCACAGUGCCAGAGACAAUCCGCCUAGUUGCCAGAGACAAUCCGCAACCAGUGCCAAGAGACAAUCCGCAGUGCCAGAGCUGCCAGACAAUCACAGUGCCAGAGAACAAUCCACAGUGCAGAGACAAUCGCACAGAGUGCCAAUCCACAGUGAGACAAUCCGCAGCAGUGUGCCAGAGACACCAGGCCCAAUCCGCAGUGCCAGAGACAAUCAUACCAGCCAGUGCCAGAGACAAUCCGCAGUGCCAGAACCAUCCACAGUGCCAGAGACAAUCCGCAGUACCAGAACCAUCCACAGUGCCAGAGACAAUCCGCAGUGCCAGAGAGAGUGCCAGAGACAAUCCGCAGUGCCAGAGACAAUCCGCAGUGCCAGAGACAAUCCGCAGUCCCAGAACCAUCCACAGUGCCAGAGACAAUCCACAUGCCCAGAGACAAUCCGCAGUGCAAGAACCAUCCACAGUGCAGAGACAAUCCACAGUAGAACAAUCCCAGUGCAGAGACAAUUGCCAGAGACAAUCCACCGAGCAUGCAGUGCCAAACAAUCCACAGUGCAGAGACAAUCCCACAGUGCCAGAGACAAACAUCAGUGCAGUGCCAGCAGACAAUCCGCAGUCCCAUGCAGUGCCAGAGGUGCCAGAGACGUGCCAGAGACAAUCCAAAGUGCCAGAGAACAAUCCACAGUGCCAGAGACAUCCACAGUUGCCAGAGACAAUCCACAGUGCCAGAGGGCCAGACAGACAAAUCCACAGUGCCAGAGACAAUCCACAGUGCCAGAGUGUGCUGCCAGGGACAUCCACAGUGCCAAACGGAGAGACAGACAGCGCAAAGGGGCACGACUUAGAAAGAUCGUUCGAUCCUGCUUGGUCGGAGGAUUCGCGCCCAGCAUCGACAUUCCCGAAACCACGACGGAGCCACCGCCAACCACCCCGGACCCAGCCACUCUGCCGUACUUCCUCCACCACCUCAACACCACCAACGUCACCAUCAUCCACGGGAAAACCGCCACUUUGGAUUGCCAGGUCUUCAGGCUUCGCGACCGCACGGAGAAGAUGUGGUCAUCUUCUCCUCCACUUUACGGUAUCCUGUUUUGUGCUCAUAACGAUACGGUGGUUCACCCUGGGCGUUUAACGCGAGAGAAACCACUUUGCUCAAACAACGACGAGAAUACACCAUACCCAAGAUCGUAUGUUGUCCAAAGUACGAACUGUGAGAGUAAUACACAGAAAGGAGGGAAGAGAUCAACGGGAUUGCCUCUGGGGGGAUUUGAGCUCGCGAUCGAGAAUAUGAAGCUGGUGUCUGAAAGUACUGGGCCCUCGUGGCAGGGAAAAUAG